AUGCAGAGCCCAAGAAUACAGAUGAACAUGCACAAGCCCAACUCGUGGCUCACCAAUGAACUCAGCAGUCUCAAGACUCUGGCUCUGGUGUUGCGAGCUGGUAUCAGCAUCGCCAGUCCCAAUCCCAAAGUCGAUGAGAAGCUGCAUGUUUCUUCCGAUGGUGUGCACCACGGCGGUACUAUCAAAGUCAUUGUUGCCGGCCUCCCCCGCACUGGCACAAUGAGCAUCAAGAAAUCCCUCGAAGAACUGGGCUACAAGAACUGCUUCCACCUCGCCGAGCCCCUCUGCCAAUUCAGCAACCUCCGCCUCAGCGCCGACAUCGUCCACACCGAGAACACCACCCUCCGCCGCCGCAAACUCGCCACCCUCCUCCAAGGCCAUGAAGCCACCCUCGAAGUCCCCGGCAGCGCCUGCCUCCCCGACCUACUGGAGAUGUACCCCGACGCCAAAGUCAUCCUCUCCGAACGCACCUCCGCCGCCCUCUGGCUGCAAUCCUGGCGCGGCUUCGGCAUCGAUCUCCGCUCCGACUGCUUCCGCUGGGUCGGCUACUGGGUGCCCGGCGUCGUCUCCGCCAACGACCUCUACCGCGGCUGGAUGCGUCUCGCAGCCCAGCGCUACGGCCUCGCCCCCGAACCCUCGGAAGCCCUCUACCACGCACACAGCGAAUGGGUCAAGUCCAUCGUCCCCAAGAACCGGCUGCUUGUCUUCAAGUGCCAGGAUGGGUGGGCGCCACUACAGGAGUUCCUGGGGAGACAGCGACCCAACCCUUUCCCGCAUGGCAAUGAGGCGGGGCAUCUCCGGUACUAUAAGCGGGUUGCUAUGGCGUUGGGUGUGAUGCUGUGGCUGAUUGUGUUGGCUAUGCUGUUUGUUUUGUCGAUUGUGCUGCAAAUGUAG